AUGUUGAAUAGAUCGGAUGGGUCACUUGUUGGUAUUUCUAACUUGCCAAACCAGCGGUACAAGAUUGUCUCCAAUAAGGGAGGUGUGUUCACUUUAAUGUGCUGCGGCGAGUCCGGUCUCGGCAAAACGACUUUCAUAAACACGUUGUUCCAGACGACGCUUAGCCCGCUGGAGAAUCAGAAUCGGAGGCAGCAGCCGAUCCGCAAGACGGCGGAGGUGAACGUGAUCCGGGCUAUGCUCGAGGAAAAGAACUUUUCGUUGAGGGUGAACGUAAUCGACACGCCGGGCUUUGGCGACAACGUGAACAACAACAAGUCAUGGCAGACCAUCAUCGACUUUAUCGACGACCAGCAUGACUCGUACAUGCGGCAGGAGCAGCAGCCCUAUCGGUCGGUCAAGUUCGACCUACGGGUCCACGCCGUAUUGUACUUCAUUCGCCCGACCGGCCACGGCUUGAAGCCGUUGGACAUAGAGACCAUGAAGCGCAUCUCGACCCGGGCGAACUUGAUACCUGUCAUUGCGAAGGCGGACACACUAACCGCCAAGGAGCUACAGGAUUUUAAGGUGCGUAUCAGGCAGGUGAUUGAGGCGCAGGACAUCUGCAUUUUCACCCCCCCUCUUGACGAGGCGGACCAGGACGAUCCUGCCGCAAUGGAGCAUGCCAGACAGCUAGUACAGUCGAUGCCAUUUGCUGUCAUCGGCUCAGAAAAGAAGUUUGACAACGGAUCGGGCUCCCUUGUGGCGGCAAGAAAGUACCCAUGGGGUUUGGUGGAGGUGGAGAACGAUGCACACUGCGACUUCCGGAAGUUGCGCUCCUUGUUGUUGAGAACCAACUUGCUCGAUUUGAUCUUGACUACCGAGGAGCUGCACUACGAAACUUACAGGCGGUUGCGUCUUGAAGGUAACUCGGCGGCUGCAGAAGAGAAGGACGGCACUCUGCCCCACCCUGCCCCAGCAAGGAAACUAUCUCACAAUCCAAAAUUUAAGGAGGAGGAGAAUGCAUUGAAGAAGUACUUUACUGACCAGGUGAAGGCGGAAGAGCAGCGUUUCAGACAAUGGGAACAAAACAUUGUUAGUGAGCGGAUUAGGCUCAAUGGGGACCUGGAGGAGGUUCAGGCCAAGGUUAAGAAGCUGGAGGAGCAGGUCAGAGCAUUGCAACUAAGAAAGCACUAG